CGAGCGAUGCGCCUCCAGGAGAGCCUCUACCUUUGCGCGGCGGGUUUCGACGUUCACAUCGCAGCCUACAUCCUCACAUCUGACUGACAUUUAGCCUCCCCUCCCCCCUCUCCCCUCCCCCCCCACGAGUAAUUUCUUUAGCUCACGUCAGUCUGAUUUUUGAGAGAAAACUAUUCACAGGACGAGGUUUUUUGAUGCAUAUCUGAAAACUGACCUCUCGCAACAGACGUUUUUAUUUUUUAUUUUUUAAUUUUCCACCUUGAACGAUCCCCUGUGGGAGGAUUUUCUUUCAAAAUACCGAUUUUUCCUUUAUUUUGAAACCAGCCAGUGUCAACUGAUAACUUAAUCGAAGAUGUUACGGGAAACACCGGACACUCUCGCUUGAUUUUCGUAAAUUGUGUCCUCAGUUUGUGUCUAUUGGAGGCUCGCAAGCAUCUUCGGGCAGACUACAGGGAGCAGAGGAGGCUGUUUGACCGUCUACAGGCUGUUAUAAGGUGGGCAGCGGUAACCAGCAGCCAUGUUGUCGUUGGACGAGCCGCUGGACUUGAAGCUUCCCUCAGGAAGGACAAAUGGUCCGGUGAGAUUAGGGAAGAGGGCUUGUCCUUCCUCCAUCUGCGCCCCCCUCAGCACCACACGACCACGCCUGCUAUGCGCAACCUUUCCCUCACCACCCUCCUCCCCAGAUUCCCAGUCUUCCUCUCAAGAACGACCCGGGUCCUGCUUCACUCCUCCGGCCAUGGACCUCAGCUUGUCCCCCUCCUCCCGUCACACCUCCUCCCUCUCCCCCUCUCCCUCCUCCCCAUCCUCCCCCACCCCUUCCUCACCCCUGGAGUCCCCUCACAGCGGCAGCCCACAGCCACAUCUGUUCUCUCGGGACGCAGCUCCUAAACAAGGCUUGGAGGGCGGAGCCUCACCGCAGGGUUAUCCAUUCUAUCUGCCGAUUGGAAGCCCACCGAGGGGCUACAGCUUUCCCUCCUCCAUGUUCAUCGGUCAGAACAGAGAGAGGCAAGUUUCACCAGAGCCCUCACUGGACGGUCAGCUGGCCUGCCGAUGGAUGAAGUGCCACCUGCUGUUCGACUCCCUGCAGGAGCUGGUGGAUCACAUCAACGACUUCCACGUCAAACCUGAAAAGGAUUCUGGGUACUGCUGCCAGUGGGAGGGCUGUGCUCGAAACGGGAGGGGCUUCAACGCCAGAUAUAAAAUGCUGAUUCACAUCCGCACACACACCAAUGAGAAGCCGCACCAUUGUCCCACCUGUAACAAGAGCUUCUCUCGUCUGGAGAACCUGAAGAUACACACCCGCUCACACACAGGAGAAAAACCCUACAUCUGCCCAUAUGAAGGCUGCAGCAAACGAUACUCCAACUCUAGCGACCGCUUCAAACACACCCGCACCCACUACGUUGACAAGCCGUACUACUGCAAGAUGGCAGGCUGCCUGAAGCGCUACACGGAUCCCAGCUCGCUACGCAAGCACAUCAAGGCCCACGGGCACUUUGUUGCCCAGGAGCAAGGUGCUCCGAGCAGGCUGGGGUCAGGGCUGGGCCUCCCCGGGCACCAGAGCGCUGCUGAACUGCCCUCCGUAGGCGGAGCCCACAUCAUCAUACCCGGGGCUGCUACAGCUAUUCUCGGGGGUCUCGGGACCUCUUUGCCUCUCUCUGCUUUCUGCCACGCCAGAGCCCUGGGCCACCACGGGGCGCCACUCUUCUCUGUUGGAGGAGGCAGCAGCAUAGGGCCGCUCGGCCUCUCGGACUCCCCUCUGUUACACUUUGGACUUUCAGCUGCUUCGAUGUUAGGGCUGGGAGCUCUGGGAGGUCUGGGCCGGAUCGUAGGGAAGGAGAUGGAAGGCGAAGAGGAAGAGGAGGAAGGAGAGGAGGGGGAGGUGCUCAACCUGUCUGCCGGGAUGGGGCCCAGACGUAGUGACCCUUUGUCCUGGGUGGUUGUUCCCCCGAGGGCACUCCUCCUCAAACCGGCUGUUGUCAGCUAGGGUGUACACUCGGCAAGUCCUAAAGAACCAGGCUGUGUGUGUUUGUGGAUUUCUGUGCCUGUGUUUGCGUGCAUGUAUGUCAGGUCUGUCAGGCCUACAUGAGUGUGGAGAGUGUGGGUGCGCAUGUGAGGAACAAAAGGUAGCUGUCACCUGCAGAGCCAUAAAAACCACAUCAGUCAUUCCAACCCAGAAACAACUGAAGACAGAAUGAAAGACUGAAAAGUAAACACGUCUUUAUGUUGAGUGUACAAAACCUACGCAAGACCUUUGAGUCUGGUUGCACAACCUUUUUUUCACCUUGCAUGCCUCAGCUGGCUCACGUUGUGAGGGGUAACUCAACCCAAACUACUAUAAAUAUGUAUAAUCUAGAAGCACCUAGCCAUGUACAGUAGAGCCAUUUUUAACUGUUGAGAUUUUGAGAUAUCUCUCACAGAUGUCUGCCGAAAACAACACUUAAAAAAAAAAGAACAUUUGGAUAUAUCAGUAACUUUUAGGUGAAUUUCUGUGAGAUUUUGAACAGUCAUUCAUGGUCCCCAGGGGAUGAAUCCGCCUGACUUUGGUGUUCCCUGACUUUUUAUCUCGUGCCGUCAUCAGGUCAACAUUUUUAUUUCCCCUGUUAGCAUGCUAAAACACUAAACCAAGACAUUUAACAAGGUAAACGUUACACCUGUAACCGUCAUCAUCUUAGCAUUGUCACAGUGAGCGUGCAAGCACACCGAUGUUAGUAUUUAGCUCAAGUGCCGCAGUGCCUACAGCUAGGGCUGCUAGAGCGGCUGCAGGUGCUUAGUCGUGUUGCGGUGUUAUGAGCCUUAAAAGUAAAAAAAAAUCCAAUAGGCCAAGGUGGUGGCAGAUGUUUUAGAGGCAGAUAUCUCAAAAAAUCCGGACGGAAAACAACCUCUGUCCGCAUGGCUUGAUACCAAAUAAGUGAGAAAAUAUUUGUGGUUUGGUUUAACUGAUCCUUUAAUAUCCUUUCAUUCACCCACUCAUCUACCCAUUCAUCUACAGCUUGACUUCAUGGUUGAUACGCCUUUUACAGCAGACAAUUAUCUGGGUUAAAUUCUGCUAAACCAGGUAAUGACAAGAGAGCAGGUGAACUAAUGAUUUUGUAGUUUUUAUGUUUGACAACCCUCACCGACUGCUUCCACGGACCCAUAUUGUUUACUCCUAAAGAAAAAUGGAAAAGCAGGAUUGUGGGGCGCAAUGGGAAAUACAGUCCAUACGCAAUAACUUAACGUAACAUUAAUGAGUAUGUGUCGUAGACUUCAUUACCAUCUACCUAUGUUAAUCCCAUUUAUAUAUUUCCUUCAGGUGAAGUAAAGAGUUUGUGCAAUUAAGGGGUUAAAUUUCAAAAUAAGAUGUCAACCAUUUGAAAAUUUAGUUUAUUUUAAUUCCACUGUUUACAAGAUAUUCACGUGUGUGAGAAGAUAAUUGUGUGUUUUUGACACAGUUGUCUACUUAUAAAGUAGAUCUAAGGCUAUUUGGAAUCAAACCUUUCGAGUUAAGACUCAGACUUUUAUCGUGAAUUCGAUCUGUUGCAACAUCUGAUAUGUGCAAUAUUUGACCUUAUAUGACGUUUUGUUUUAAUUUCCUUGUCCACCCACAGCAAACUAAAUAAUUACGCACAUCGAGGAAAUCCAAACCACCCGAGGCCUGAUGCCACAUACACUUUUUCCGGACGCAGUUAUCCGGUUGAUUUAUUGAUAAUAAAGUGAUCUCAGUGUGGCUCUCAGCUGCUCUGUUUGUUUAAUAAAAAUUGGUUUGGGACAUUCACGACACUACGAUGUGUGAACGAAAGAUUAUAAUCCACACGGAGCUAUCUGUUUGACCAUGUGAUUUGACAUGUCGCAAGAAGAAAGAAAAAAAAAAACUGUGUCGACGUAACUGAAUGUAGGUUUGAGGUUAGCUCCUAUGCUAAAUGCUUGCUCUUCUUAUCAUUCCAAGACAAUGAUCUCGACGGGAUCAGCCGCCCUUUUAGGCAAGACCAACUGAGGAACACAUUCAAUUAGGAACAGAAAAGACAAGGGUGUGUAUUAAGUAAUGAUGGGUACACAUUUGCUUUACAUGAAUGUUAAAACACAAAAAGGUACAAAAGAAGAAGCCAAACGAUGAUUUGAAAACAGUCUCUCAAGAAUUUUUGAAGGGGAAAUGUUUGACAAUGGUCAUGUGUGGCCUGUAUCUGUGUUGUUUAAUCUUGUACUCUUGUUUGCACAUUGAUUUAUCCUAAUCAGUAUUUCAAAGGUGUCCAAGUGCCUUGUGUUUCAACCGAAAUAUAUCACACAAUAUAUGAAAAAUAUUUACGCAAAUGUAAAGUGUAUAAAUGUACUUUUCAUUACAUUUUAGAAAACUGAAUUUUAACUACUUGACAACAGAUGUUAUUUGUACAUCAGGGCCACUGCAACACUUUCUAAAGAUGUCACCAGUGUGGAUGACUAUGACAAUGACUAUGUCAAUAAACACCAAUGGA